AUAAAAGGAAAAUUAAACAUAAUGAAAAAUAGAUGUAGAUCACCUUGUCCGGAGAAGCCACCUGGUCUGGUUUAUUAGAAAUAACAAAGGGCUAAGCAUAACUAAACUAUAAAAAUUGCGAAUACAAAUUCAAAAAAAACCCUCUCUAUAGCAAGCGUUCCAAGUGGAGAGCAACGUUGAUGAAGCAGCAAGUCAGCAUGGAACAAAGGAAACAAAUUCACAUAGCGAAACAGUUAGCCUCACGAGAACUGCUUGGAGAGUAAAACUAUGAUUACAAUGAUGUGACUCAAAACCAUUUACCUCAUCAUAUUUCGAUUUAGCAAGUAGCAGAAAGCAAACCAUAAACCCUUUAAUGAUUGAUGCUGUAACUUGGAACACAAGAUUCAAGAAAAAGAAACUAUAAAGCAUACAAAAAAAAUCUAAAAAUUAAGGCAUUUAAACGAUAGAAGGGUACCGCUUUACAAACACUCACACACGCAUACCAUACCGAAUAACUCUUGUGCUGUCAUAAAUGAAAAUAAUUCAAAACCAAGAGAACAUAGCAAAAAGUGCAUAGAAACGGCUUACGCAUGUGUGGUGUGGACUUAAAAAAAAUCGAGUACACAGAGCGAUCACCCUGUUUCGUCUAAAUGCAAACAUCAUUCGUAACACAUAAUCAAUACUAACAUAGGCAAAGAAGAGACGGGAUACACCGCCGCACCACUUCCGUUUGCUAAAUUUGGUAAAUUUUUGAAUAAUAAGUGUGACAGGAACCACUAAUAACUCAACAAUUUGUUGUGUUACUGGCCGAUUCAAGUAAAGAUCGAAAAAAAAACAAUCACUUUCCGUCAUGGCGUUGCCACAUGUUGGGUACAACUGAAACAAGAAAAUGAAAUACUGGAUAAUAAGUGAGAAGUGAAAAUCAUCAUCCCCCCCCAGGGAGGGCGCCACACCAGACUGAUCCGAAUGCGAUCAACGGCGGAAAAUAAUUCAAUUAAUCGAGUAUUCCUGUUUACCAUCAGCCAGUGAAUGCCGCGAAAUUGCUUUAAUCUGGCUCAAUUCACAAUUCAUUUUGAACCAGGUACUUGAGGGAAUUAAAAUAGUGUGACCUAGGGGUAGCGAGUUUAAAGUUAGGUUUCACGAGGAUUAAUUUUUAGUCUAAAAGUAAUUCGGUAACCAAAAUACAUUUUCCCCGCCCAUUUCAUACUAUUUCGAAUUUCACCGAAACAAAGCGCUACACUAAAGGCCUACUAUAACCUCCUACCUACCAACCAACUAAUUUGUACUUCUCGCUAUUUUGUUUAUGUAUUUCAAAUAAUUACGUUUAAUUGCUUUAUAUUCACAUGGGAAACGAUUCUUUAGGUUGCUUAAGCUGAAAAUAAGAAUGUAGCGUUAACACUCUUUUGCCUUCUAUCUGCUUCUCAGUGCGCUAGGUUCGGCGAUCUAGGGUGCGAAUCGUACGUCACCAGCAAAAUGCAAAGCGACGGUUGGUGGUUUGUGUAAGCAGUAAGGAAUGCAAUGAAAUAGGAAAUCGGAUUUCAAACAUUCACGCCGCACUUCCUAUUCAAAUGCGCACCAGACCCUUCUCUUCCUUUUUCCAAAUCGUUUAAAAAUCGUUUAGCUAAGUUUAUAGAUUAUACUUUGAACCUUUCGUGGGUCCUCGCUAGGCAAAAAACAAUUCCCGGUUGCUUAGGUGUUCCAUGUUUUAUCAUCUUUUAUAAACAUAAUUUUCCUCUUCCUUUUGCUCUCAUAAUUGAUUGAUUGAUUGAUUGAUACAUACUUGAUACUAGUAGAUGGUUGCUUUUAGUACGAUUUCAUCCCUCUGAAUUUGGAAUUGCAUUGAAGAAGAGCGAAGAAAAUUAAUGCUGACGAAGAGACAAGCUACACAGCGAGAAAGAGAGAAAAGUAGAAUGAUCUUGCAGAUCACGUUGGCAGUGAAAGAGGGGUAAACAUCGAGCAUAAACAUUUUCUAAUUCGAUCGAAUGAAACGCAAGCCCACUAGCCUUCCGUUUGCCUCAUUCACAUUUCACAACCCCGGACCCCACAUUGCAAGACCGCUCCGUCUUCUUCUCAGUCCCACUCCCCGGAACAUGCCACACACUACUGCUACCAUGUAGGCUAAACAGCGAACAGAGUCCUCUUCUGAGAAUAUUCUUCCUUCUGGUACGAGUGUUUGGUUUUGCUCAUUUUUGUCUCAGUCUGUAUUAUCUUUUUUUUUGUAGCGCACUAUUCAGUUUAGUUACUAAGUCGGUACAUUAAUUUAUAUAAAAAACCCUCACCCAGCGAGCAUCGCGCCACCAGCUUUUAAAGGAGACUGAACUACACCCGCAUGAAUGGUGGCGCGGCUCCGGGGCACUAAAAUCUAAUCCAUUCUGAAAUAUAAACGUAAUAGAAUUGAAACAAAAAAAAACAACAACUGAAGAUGGAAUGCCCAGUGAUGAAUAUAUCGUCUCUCCACCAACACACUGUCGCAGCCGCCACGGU